ACAACAAUUGAACACAACUAUUUUUGGCCACACAUUCCUAUUUAAAAAGCCGACAUACGUGUAAUACAGUUGUUACAUAACUUAAAUAUACUUACAGUAUUCAUCUAAGACCAUGGAAUCUUGCGAAAACGAGUGUCCAGUUUGUCAUGAGAGCAUAGAUGUCUUUGCAAUAGGGAAAUGUGAUCACCCCAUCUGCUUCAAAUGUUCAACACGUAUGAGGGCCCUGUGUGAGCAAUUCUACUGCCCGAUAUGUCGAACUGACAUCCCGGAGGUUUUCUUUCUUGUUCAAAGAGAGAAGUUUGAUGAAAUGCCAGUUCGGAAGUUUAUAGCUGACAGGCGCCUGAAGAUUCAGUUUGAGACAAGCCAGAUUCAGGAGAUGUGCUGCAAGUUACUGGAGCAUCGUUGUUCAGUGUGCAAGGAUGCCAAGCCAGAGAAGUCCUUCAGGGCAUUGAAAGAUCACAUGAGACGCGAGCAUACUCUAUUCUACUGUGACCUGUGCAUUGCACUUAAGAUAUUUACUGGAGAGAGGAAGGUGUAUACCCGACCGCUGCUGGCUCUUCACCGACGUCAGGGUGACAAGGACGACACGUCCUACAAGGAACAUCCCCUGUGUCACUUCUGUGAAGAGAGAUAUCUGGACAAAGAUGAGCUCUACAAACACCUUCGCAAGGAUCACUUCUACUGUCACUUCUGUGAAAGUCUUGGCUCUCAAGAUUUCUAUGAUGACUACCCGGCUCUGCGGGAUCAUUUCCAUGCAGAUCACUUCCUGUGUGAGGAGGGUGAGUGCCAAGGGUCGCAGUUCACGAACGCCUUCCGCUCGGACAUCGACCUCAAGUCACACCAGGUGGAGCACCACAGCAAGGCUCAGACGCGUGCGCAGGCUAAGCAGGAACGAACACUGAACAUAGACUUCAACUUUGCACCAAGGCCCAACAGUCGAGGGGCUAGAGGUGGUAGGAGUGACUAUGAAGGUAGACACGUCGAUGCAAACAGAAAGUCAGAUGGCAGAAAUGCUGCGAGAAACAAGUCUGAAAAGUAUAAUACCUCGAAUGUGAGGGAACAACGGGACCUAGAUCGAGCCAUUCAGGCCUCACUGAGUACAAUGUCAGAGGCAGACAUGAAGAGUAAGGACUCCCCCCGAGGGGUACAAGAGAGUGGUCCCAGGGAGCAGCAGUUCUCCACCAGUGAGGAGCACUUUCCCACCCUUGGGGACACUGCCCCCUCGCGACCCCCAGCCCCUGUGCGGCCAGCAACCUCUGCUUUGCCCCUCACAUCCAGCAGUGCUGUCCCCUCCCCUGACGGAGGCUCAUCACACCAGGUGACCCUCGCAGACAGGUUUGCCAUGGCAACCCAGCACACAGUUCAACAUGGAGGCCUGGAUGACUUCCCUGCACUGGAGGGACGAGUGGCCAGACAGGAAAAUAGCAAUAACACCAGACAGCACAACAAAAGUGCUACACACAGAAUGGUUCCAAAGGAAGAUGAUUUUCCAGAGCUGCCCACGUCAACAAAGCAAAAAGCACCUGUGUCGUCUAGUUGGGUGAAAAAUACUAAACCUAAAUCAGAAUCAAAGAAACAUGUAAAAGAAGUUCCUACUUCUGUUAUAGAACAUAGUGCCCGUGAUUUCCCUUCAUUGGGACAACCAUCAAACUUAAAGUCCAAUUGGUUUAGAGCAGGUAAUUCUCAAAUGCAGCAAGAAAGCAAGUCAAAAUCUAAAAAGUCUGAAAAUCCAGCUCCAUCUCUAAAUGAUUAUCGUGAGAGACUUAGUCCUGUAAAUAUACCAAAUAGCAAUACAAAUGAUAAUACUAGUAAGGUAAAUCAAAAGAAGAAGAAGAAAAAGGACAAAUUGACUGAAAUAAAAGAUGAAAAAACUGCACCUUUAAGAAACAAUUCUUCCCUAGAUGACAUUGCUGGUCUUCUAAUGGCAACCACUGUCAGCCAGGAUGAUUCACAUGUUGUUAGCAAGCUAUCUACCGAGUCAGUCAAGCCAUCUACCCAGUCAGUGAAGCCUUCUACCCAGUCAGUCAAGCCAUCUACCCAAUCAGUCAAGCCAUCUACCCAGUCAGUCAAGCCAUCUACCCAGUCAGUCAAGCCUUCUACCGAGUCAGUCAAGCCAUCUACCCAAUCAGUCAAGCCAUCUACACCACCUUUCAGUAAAAAGAAGGAAGAUAAGAUAGAAAAACUCUUAGAGAAGUCAAGAAAUGAGGAAGUUAUUGUAAAGAAUAUAACUGCUGCUAUUGAACAAGAGAAUGAGAACAGAAACGGUGAAGUAUCAACAAAGCUAAGUGUUGAGGACACUGACUUUCCAGCAUUGAUGGCAACCACUGUUGCACCUAAACCCCCACCUGGUUUCAUUUCUGCAGCCAAAUCAACAGCAUUCAAGUCUGCACCCCCAGGGUUAGGUCACACCAAUUCCUUUAGACCACCUCCCGGUUUCAUCCAGUCUACAUCAGCUGUCUCCAAGGAAACUUUCAAGUCUGACACAGCGGUGUCCCCUAGUGUAGCAAAGGAUUACACCCAGCCAAAUGAUUUUCAGGACCGCAAUCAACUCUUGAUAGGCAAAAUUCGGUCCAUUUGUGCUGGUGAUACAGAUGAUUUCAAGGACUUUAAAAUGAUCUCAGGAAAAUUUCGCCAAAAUGAUAUUGAUGCUAGUGAGUAUUACCAUGCAUGCACUAAUGUUUUGGGGAAAGCUAAUUUUGAUGACAUAUUUCCAGAGCUAUUGGCUCUGUUGCCAGAUAUUAGUAAACAACGAGAGUUGUUGGAUGUUCACAUGACAGAUCUCACAGCUGAUAACAGUGUGGGGACGAGCAAGCAGCGAGGUACGAGUGUGAACUCUGGGUUCCUGUGUUGUGACACGUGUGGUCAGGUGCUUGUCAGGGGAGAUUACCACCCCCACGUGUCCACCCAUCACCUGCAGGAUGACUUCCCCUCCCUCGUAUCGGACAGAGCUUCUGCAGUGAACGUCAGGCCAGCAACCUGGGUUAGAUCAAAGUGAUUGCAUGACGUGUAGUCAACUGAUUGAUGAUUGUUUUAAAGUGUUAUUAGAUGAAUAAUUAAUUUAAUGCAUGAGUUGAUGUAAUUACUCUUUAUAUGUUAAGCAUAUUUGUUUUAACGAGUCACUUACCCUGUACUGCACUCUUCUGAUUACAUUGAUCAUUGUGAUUUACUUAAUUAAGGUCUUUCUUAAACAUAUUUGGCAUAGAGGUCAAGAGCUGUAUCAGUGUUAUUGUUUUGUUGUUAAAGUAUUCAACAUAGUUAAAAUAAGUACGUUUCAUAUGUUAACCUAUCAACAUCUUCAAAACAAUAAUAUACCAUAUCUGUAAAUAGUAUAGAGUGGCACACAUAGUAAUGCAGAAUAUGCAUAUUAUUCUGUCAAGACUUGGAUCAAUUUACAUGUAAGUCAAACCCUGCUUGUCAUUUUCAGUUUCAAAUAAUCUGGUUAACUGUUUGUUCUUUGCGAAUAGACUAGACUCCAAUCAACAAUGUUGGUUACAUAACACACUUUCAAUCUGUUAUAAAUUAUUGUUGUUUGCAUAGAAAAAAUUAAUAUCAGGAUGGAAAGAACACAUAUAUUCUUUAUUAUUUCUUACAUACAUGUACUAUAUAAUGGUUGUUUCUUAUUAAUGCAAUUCCAUUUUGUUAUUUGUCAAUUUGGAUAAGAUUCCUAACUUUCAACAUUUUGGGGAAUGGUGGUGUAUGGGACAUGUCUGCAUAGCAACAUUAGAUGGUGCAUGCCUGACUACAUUCUCAAACCAAUCAGUUGUAUUAAGUGCGGCCUGUUAGACACCCUGGUUACACUUGUGGAGAAACAAUGGCAUGCACAUUUAUAGGUUAACUUAAAAUAGUUUAAAAUGGUAACAGUGUUUAGAAAAUACUGCAAGUGUUCAUCAAAAGGGAAACACAUCCGUAAGCGGAACAACUGAAUGAGAUGGAAAGGAAAAAAAAUUGCAGGUUCAAAAGUGGGCAAACAACAAUUUUGAUAUGAGAUAUAAAAAAAUCUGAGGGACCAUACAAAUCAUUGAAAAUAUUUUACCUAGAUCAAGUUCAAAACUGGGUAAUGUGAAUUCAAACACAAUGUCAAAAGGUCAUAUCUUAUACAAUUGUUGUAAAUUGUAAAACUUGAACUCAGAUGAGCCCUUAUUAGCCAUCAGGGCUCUUGUGUUUUUAUUUUGAAUAUUAUUGAAAAAUUUCAACAUGAUUUUGUUUUGGUUUACAUGACAAGGUACAUGUAUGUUGGGCAGGCAAAUGUUAUGUUUUGCAGAUAUAUUUUGAGUGUUAUUUAAUUUAAAGCACAAUUUCAACAUAAAACAGCAGGUGCGGAAUUUUUGUACGAUACUUGCUACCAAACACUGCACAUUUAUUUGAAGGGGCCUUUUCACAGAUUUUGGCAGGUGUUGAGGUUUGUCAUUAAAUGCUUUAUCUUGAUAAAUAUAAACAUUGGAUCUAAAAAGCUGCAGUGGAAAUACAAGAAUAAAAGUAAAGAAAGAAAAAAAAGUAACCCUCAACUGGGCUCAAACCACUGACCUGUGAAGUAAAAGUCUGUUGCUUAGACCACUCGGCCAUCCGUGCUCAUACAAUGAGUGAUGUAUUUUAUACUUUAUAUAAGCACUCCUCGUAGUAUCCCAAAAUAUAAUGACCACAACAGAACUCUCCAAAUUAUUCAAUAGUUUCGCGUUGCUACGCUUUAUAAUUUUGAUGUUUUUAAAUGGUCAAAAAAUGCAUAUAAUGGAUAUUUUAGAGCAUGGCAAAUGUUCAGUAUUACUGUUUUCUCACAAGUAUCACUACACAAAUAAAACUACAACAAAAAUUUGCGAAUCUGAAAUAAAAAAUUAAUUUUGUCAAUUUACCAAAACGUGAAAAGGCCCCUCUAAGCAAAAAUUAGCCCUUUUCUGGGUUUAAUGAAUGUGCAUCAUUACAUGCCCUCCCAGAUUAGCCUGUGCGGUCACAUUAAAAAUUGGAAUUUGAAAAUUUGCCUUAGUGAAAUCUAUGUGAAUGUGUCCCUUAGGAAAAAUGUGAAUAGUUGCAUCAUAGUUAUUCCAAAUCAGCUUUGAUCUUGAAAAACAUGUUUAUUGCAUUCGCAUUAAGUGUUGUCCCUUAUAAAGCUUUUGUAGUCUCCACAGGCUAAUCUGGGACUACACUUUAAUAAGCACAAGCAUUAAUUUAGGCAGAGGGAGGCUCAAAUCAAAAUUAGGGAUACUCCGUAUCGCAUAUAGAUCAUUUAUUUUAGGUUUGAAGCAUGAAGUUCACAAGGUAAGCUACUGUGUUCAGUCUAUUUCCUUAGUCCAUUGUCAUGCGUCAUCUGUUGUGUAUUAAGGAUGUCCACUUCUGCCUCAUUAUCAUUUGAGAGGCCACUUUUUAUUCCAAGAUUGAAAAGACUUGCUUAGAAUUCUUAGCUUGACAAUAUCCGAGCAUAGUUGGAAUCCAGAUCAAGUGCUUCCAAUAACAAGGGCACCAGGUCAAAUCUUAGUUAAACUCUUUUACCACUCAAGAAUCCACAUUUGUGACUCAACCUUUAUGAAACUCCUUCAGACAAUAUAGAGAGAAGCCUUGCCUGAAUCUACAGGUCGCAGUUGUGUAGUGGAUAUAGUGUCCACCUAGCGAUCGGGAGGUCACGGGUUUGAUUCCCACUAUGAAAGCGUUCUGUAGAUUUACCCCAUAAACACCAAUUACUGGUUCAAGUCCCAGGAAAUGGACUCAAGAGCGUUUCAAAUAAGCCUUAGACUUUCUAUGCAAUAUAUCUAAAAUAAAUAGGUUUAAACUAAAACUAUCUUUGAAUAAGGGUCACUUGUUACCAGAAAUAAGGGGACAAUCUCAAUUCUUAAAAUCCUUGUUAUCUCUUAAGACUAAGACAUUUACUACUAAAUUUUGAUGAGACAUGGUCAGAAUGUAUAUAUUGACAAUGUUAAGGCCAUGUUUGAAUCUGGCCUAAAAGGGGUCAAAAGCUAGGUCACAGGGUCAAGUUAUUGACUAUUGGUGUUUCUUGAACUUAGAUGAGUGCUUGAGGGCUAUCAUGAUCCUCUUGGUUGUUGUUGUUUUUGUUAUAUCAUGUUAUUUCAUUAAAUAAACCUUUACAAUUCAGAAAUUACUUACUUUAUUGUUGCCUCUAGGAGUCAUGUUUGUAAUGUUUCUCUGGGCUGGGAAUUAAAUGGUAUUUGUCCUUAAUGAGUUGUUUGUUAAAGGUGUAGCUGUACAAACAUAUGGUUUUCUUUUAAAGUUUGUCAUUUAAGUGCAUAUUGAGCUUUUAGCUCACCUGAUUGCUCAGGUGAGCUUUUGUGAUCGGUUUUUGUCCGUCGUCUGUCCGUCCGUCGUCCACAUUUGGUUUGUAAACACUCUAGAGGCCACAUUUCUUGUCCGAUCUUCAUGAAACUUGGUCAGGAGAUUUGUCCCAAUGAUACCUCGAUCGAGUUCGAAACUGGGUCAUGCUGGGUCAAAAACUAGGUCACUAGGUCAUAAAAAAAGAAAAACCUUGUAAACACUGUAGUUUCACAUUUCAUGCCCAAUCUUCAUGUAACUUUGUCAAAAUGUUUGUCUUAAUGAUAUGUUGGUUGAGUUCAAAAGUGGUUCCGGUCUGUUGAAAAACAUGGUCGCCAGUGGGGGGGGCAGUUUUCCUUAUUUGGCUAUAGAGGAACCUUGUAAACACUCUAGAGGCCACAUUUCUUGUCCGAUCUUCAUGAAACUUGGUCUGAAGAUUUGUCCCAAUGAUACCUCGAUUGAGUUCGAAACUGGGUCAUGCUGGGUCAAAAACUAUGUCACUAGGUAAAAAACAAGAAAAACCUUGUAAACACUGUAGAAGUCACAUUUCAUGCCCAAUCUUCAUGUAACUUUGUCAAAAUGUUUGUCUUGAUAAUAUGUUGCUUGAGUAAAAAUGGGUCAGGUCUGUUGAAAAACAUGGCCGCUAGUGGGCAGGGCAGUAUUCCUUAUUUGGCUAUAGAGAAACCUUGUAAACACUCUAGAGGCCACAUUUCUAGGUCCAAAUCUUAAAAAAAAACUUGUAAACACAUGUAGAAUUAGCAUUACUUGCAAAUGUUUGCAUUGCAAAAAACCCAUGCAAAUGGACAGUACUCAAUCAGAAUAAAUCAUAUGCUAACACUGCAAAAGUAAACAGAAGAGAACCAAUCUAAUAUGCUCUAGAGUACGGAAUUUCAACUAUCGGUAUGCAAUGAACAAGGCCUUGUAAAAAAAGGUGAGCGAACUAUGGCCCUCUUGUUUUUAUAUAUUGAUGUAUUGUUUCGUUUAAGUGAAUUUUGUAUGCAUUUACAUGUAAGUGCAGAUUAAUAGUCGUAAGAACAUGUUGAUUGAUUUAAGCGCCUUCUUUUGUGCAUUUUUGAAGCUAAAUGUUGUUCAAUUCAAUUCAGGAAAUUCAACUGUUCAAGACAUACAGAGAAAAGCCUGGUUCUGUGUAUUUGUUAAGGCUCUUGCUAUUUUUAGCUCACCUGAGCACAACGUGCUCAUGGCGAGCUUUUGUGAUCGCUUUCUGUCCGUCGUGUGUUGUCCGUUGUGCGGCGUCAACAUUUGCCUUGUUAACUCUCUUGAGGCCACAUUUAUUGUCCAAUAUUCAUGAAAUUUGAUCAGCAGAUUGGUUUCAAUGAUAUCUUGGAUGAGUUCGAAAAUGGUUACGUUUGCUUGAAAAACAUGGCUGCCAAGGUGCGGGGCAUUUUUCCUUAUAUAGCUAUAGUAAAAUCUUGUUAACACUCUAGAGGCCACAUUUAUUGUCUGUUUUUCAUAAAACUUGGUCAGAAGAUUCAUCCCAAUAAUAUCUUGGACGUGUUUGAAAACAAUGCCGGUUGGUUGAAAAACAUGGCCGCCAGGGAGCGGGGCAUUUUUCCUUAUAUGGCUAUAGUAAAACCUUGUUAACACUCUAGAGGCCACAUUUAUUUUCCGAUCUUCAUGAAACUUGCUCAGAAGAUUUGUGCCACUGAUAUCUUGGAUGAGUUCAAAAAUGGUAACCUUUGCUUGAAAAACAUGGCUGCCAAGGGGCGGUGCAUUUUUCCUUAUAUGGCUAUAUACAUGGCUAUACUAAAAUCUUGUUAACACUCUAGAGGCCACAUUUAUUGUCCUAUUUUCAUGAAACUUGGUCAGAAGAUUCAUCCCAAUAAUAUCUUGGACGAGUUCGAAAAAGAUGCCGGUUUGUUGAAAAACAUGGCCACCGUGGGACGUAGCAGUUUUCCUUAUAUGGCUAUAGUAAAACCUUGUUAACACUCUAGAGGCCACAUUUAUUGUCCAUCUUCAUGAAAUUUGGUCAGAAGAUAAAUCCCAAUAAUAUCUUGGAGGAGUUCGAAAAUGAUGCCGGUUGGUUGAAAAACAUGGCCGCCAGGGAGCGGGGCAUUUUUCCUAAUAUGGCUAUAGUAAAACCUUGUUAACACUCUAGAGGCCACAUUUAUUUUCCGAUCUUCAUAUUACUUGCUCAGGAGAUUUGUCCCACUGAUAUCUUGGAUGAGUUAAAAAAUUGUAACCUUUGCUUGAAAAACAUGGCUGCCAAGGGGCGGGGCAUUUUUCCUUAUAUGGCUAUAUAUGGCUAUAGUAAAAUCUUGUUAACACUCUAGAGGUCACAUUUAUUGUCCUGUCUUCAUGAAAUUUUGUCAGAAAAUUCAUCCCAAUAAUAUCUUGGACGAGUUUGAAAAUGAUGCCGGUUGGUUGAAAAACAUGGCCGCCAGGGGGCUGGGCAUUUUUCCUUAUAUGGCUAUAGUAAAACCUUGUUAACACUCUAGAGGCCACAUUUAUUUUCCGAUCUUUAUGAAACUUGCUCAGAAGAUUUGUCCCACUUACAUCUUGGAUGAGUUCAAAAAUGGAAACCUUUGCUUGAAAAACAUGGCUGCCAAGGGGUGGGGUAUUUUUCCUUAUAUGGCUAUAGUAAAAUCUUGUUUACACUCUAGAGGCCACAUUUAUUGUCUUAUCUUCAUUAAACUUGGUCAGAAGAUUCAUCCCAAUAAUAUCUUUGGUUGGUUGAAAAACAUGGCCGCCAGGGGGCGGGGCAUUUUUCCUUAUAUGGCUAUAGUAAAACCUUAACACUCUAGAGGCCACAUUUAUUGUCCAAUCUUGAUGAAAUAUGGUCAGAAGCUUUGUCUUGAUGAUAUCUUGGAUGAGUUCGAAAAACGGUUACGUUUGCAUGAAAAACAUGGCCGCCAAGGGGCGGGGCAUUUUUCUUUAUAUGGCUAUAUAAGGCUAUAGUAAAAUCUUGUUAGCACUCUAGAGGCCACAUUUAUAGUCCGAUCUUCAUGAAACUUGGUCAGAAGAUUCAUACCAAUAAUAUCUUGGACGAGUUCAAAAAUGAUGCCAGUUGGUUGAAAAACAUGGCCACCACGGGGGCGGGGCAUUUUUCCUUAUAUGGUUUUAGUAAAACCUUGUUAACACUCUAGAGGUCACAUUUAUUUUCUGAUCAUCAUGAAACUUGGUCAGAAGAUUUGUCCCAAUGAUAGCUUGGAUGAGUUUGAAAAUGGUUUUGGUUGCUUUAAAAACAUGGCCACCAGGGGCGGGGCAUUUUUCCUUAUAUGGCUAUAUAAGGCUAUAGUAAAAUCUUGUUAGCACUCUAGAGGCCACAUUUAUAGUCCGAUCUUCAUGAAACCUGGUCAGAAGAUUCAUACCAAUAAUAUCUUGGACAAGUUCAAAAAUGAUGCCGGUUGGUUGAAAAACAUGGCCACCACGGGGGCGGGGCUAUUUUCCUUAUAUGGCUAUAGUAAAACCUUGUUAACACUCUAGAGGUUACAUUUAUUUUCUGAUCAUCAUGAAACUUGGUCAGAAGAUUUGUCCCAAUGAUAUCUUGGAUGAGUAUGAAAAUUGUUUUGGUUGCCUUAAAAAUAUGGCCACCAGGGGCGGGGCAUUUUUCCUUAUAUGGCUAUAUAAGGCUAUAGUAAAAUCUUGUUAGCACUCUAGAGGCCACAUUUAUAGUCCGAUCUUCAUGAAACUUGGUCAGAAGAUUCAUCCCGAUAAUAUCUUGGAUGAGUUAAAAAAUGAUGCCGGUUGGUUGAAAAACAUGGCUGCCAGGGGGCGGGGAUUUUCCUUAUAUGGCUAUAGUAAAACUAACACUUUAGAGGCCACAUUUAUUUUCCGAUCUUUGUGAAACUUGGUCAGAAGAUUUGUCCCAAUAAUAUCUUGUUAUCUCAGGUGAGCGACUUUGGGCCUUUCAGGCCCUCUUGUUCAUGUUUUGCAACGCAUUUCAGAAAGAUGUUGGUUUUGAAUGAUGCUUUAUUUAUUAUAUUGAUGUGUAGUAUUUGUAGUUAAAGGAUUAAAUCUAAAUGUUAA